AAACACAAGCAUUUUAAAUUCUGUUGCAGUUUUUGAAUCAAAAAAUGCAUGUCCUAACACUACAUGGAAGACACUCUUACUUUCUCAAUAGGCGGCAAUAAACUCUCUUGAAAACCUAUAUAAAUGAAUGAGAAUCAGGUGGAAGGAAUAGGUUCUAUGAAAAUGGGUACAGAUGUAUCACCAUCAGGACGAGUUUUAAACAGAACUUCAAGCCAAUCUUCAAGGACGAGGAGUCCCACUCCAUUUUUGUCCAAAACAUAUGAGCUUCUCGAAGAACAUUUAGGAGGAGGAGACAGUGACGAUGAUCAACACAAGAUUGUGUCAUGGAAUUCGACAGGAACUGGCUUUGUUGUGUGGUCUCCUCAGGAGUUUUCCGAAGUUCUGUUGCCCAAGUAUUUCAAGCACAAAAACUUCUCUAGCUUCAUUCGGCAGCUAAAUAUUUAUGGAUUCAAGAAAAUUGCAGCGAACAGAUGGGAGUUCCAGCAUGAGAAGUUCUUCAAGGGAGGGAGACAUUUACUUGCUGAGAUAACAAGGAAGAAGUCGGAACCAAGCGCCUAUCCAGCUUUUCUCAAGGCAUCAGAGAGACAGCCCUUCAACGGACUUGGUGAGAACAGCAAUUUACUAAUGAAGGAUAACGAGAUCCUAAGGAGAAAUAAUCUGGAGUUGCAAAUUCAGAUAGCUCAGUUUAAAACCUUGGAGACGAAGCUCUUAGACUGCCUUUCUCAGUACACGGUAUGGCAGCAUCAACAAAGUUGAAGUAUGUCAAACCUAGGACUGAGAAACCAAACAAGU